CACGGAGCGGCACCAGGGAUGAAGUUGUACUAAGUACAGAGCGGAGACAGGAACAAGUUAAUGGGCUUCCUGAGCUCCCAAUUAUCCGCCCGGUGACCGGCCCUGCACGGGACCCGCUCUCCACAGGACACAACGGUCGCUCUGUAUGGUGACUUGUGAGGCCUCCUGAUGUGACACACUGUGCCGACCCCGCAUCUGUCCUGGAAUGACACGAGUUGCUGCUCUGGACACAGCUGAAGUCUCUGUGGAUUUGCCGUCCCGGUGGAUAUGUGUGCUGUAUAACCCGGGACCCCAGAAGUACAUUGUCCCGGGGGUCUGGAGAGCAGGAGGUGUCUGGACGGGCCGCUCUCAUUGAUGGUUCUGUGGAGUUGUAUCUGUAUAAGAGUAAUACCCAAGGGUUAAUAGGAGGCCGCCAUGAAAGAGAAGUCCAAGAACGCUGCCCGGACUAGACGGGAGAAGGAGAACAGCGAGUUCUAUGAACUGGCCAAACUACUACCCCUGCCCUCUGCCAUCACCUCCCAGCUGGACAAGGCGUCCAUAAUCCGCCUGACUACCAGCUACCUGAAGAUGAGAGUGGUCUUCCCUGAAGGGCUUGGAGAAGCCUGGGGCCAUUCCAGCAGACCUAGUUCCUUGGAUAAUGUUGGUCGAGAACUGGGAUCUCAUCUUUUACAGACUUUAGAUGGUUUCAUCUUCGUGGUGGCACCUGAUGGGAAAAUCAUGUAUAUCUCUGAGACGGCUUCAGUUCAUCUGGGCUUAUCACAGGUAGAAUUGACUGGAAAUAGCAUCUAUGAGUACAUUCACCCCGCUGACCAUGAUGAGAUGACUGCAGUGCUUACAGCUCACCAACCCUAUCAUUCCCAUUUUGUCCAGGAAUAUGAAAUUGAGCGUUCUUUUUUCCUGCGGAUGAAGUGUGUGCUGGCAAAGCGGAAUGCAGGUCUAACAUGUGGGGGGUAUAAGGUCAUCCAUUGCAGUGGAUAUCUCAAGAUCAGGCAGUAUAGCCUGGACAUGUCUCCAUUUGAUGGCUGUUACCAAAAUGUAGGCUUGGUGGCUGUUGGUCAUUCCCUUCCUCCCAGUGCAGUCACUGAAAUCAAACUCCAUAGCAAUAUGUUUAUGUUCAGAGCCAGUCUCGAUAUGAAGCUCAUAUUUCUAGAUUCCAGAGUUGCUGAGUUAACAGGAUAUGAACCUCAAGAUCUCAUCGAGAAGACAUUGUAUCAUCAUGUUCAUGGAUGUGACACGUUUCACUUGCGGUGUGCACAUCACUUGUUGCUGGUAAAAGGUCAAGUCACCACUAAGUACUAUCGGUUCCUGGCAAAACAUGGUGGUUGGGUGUGGGUGCAGAGCUAUGCUACAAUUGUGCACAACAGCCGAUCCUCCAGACCCCACUGCAUUGUCAGUGUGAAUUAUGUUCUCACAGAUACAGAAUACAAAGGUCUUCAGCUAUCUUUGGAUCAAGUCACCACAAAACCAACAUUUUCUUAUGCAAAUUCUACUCCAGCCAUAAAUGACAGUCGGAAGAGUAAUAAAUCACAUCUACCUAGUACUAAGUCUAAAACAAGAACAUCCCCAUAUCCUCAGUAUUCUGGAUUCCACACGGAGAGAUCAGAGUCAGAUCAUGACAGUCAAUGGGGUGGCAGCCCUUUAACAGACACAGCUUCACCACAACUUAUAGAUCCGAUAGAAAGGCCAAGCUCCCAGCAGCAUGAUGUCUCCUGUGCAUAUCGACAGUAUCCUGAUCGAAGUUCUUUGUGUUUUGGAUUUACUCUUGACCAUUCAAGAUUAAAUGAUGAAAGACACCAUCAUAGUCAGUCUUGUGAAAGUGGCAGAUGCGAAGCUGGUAGAUAUUUUCUAGGAAGCCCACAAACUGGUAGAGAGAAUUGGUGGGGAUCUCGAUCAACUCUACCUGUGCCUAAAUCUUCUCCUGAAAGCAGAGAUGGGUUUGAAAACUCCAUGCCACACAUAACUUCUGUUCACCGAAUACAUGGGAGAAAUCAUUGGGAUGAAGACAGUGUUGUCAGUUCUCCUGACCCUGGUUCUGCAAGUGAAUCAGGAGACCGCUAUCGCACCGAGCAAUAUCAAAAUAGUCAUCAUGAACCAAGUAAAAUCGAAACACUUAUCCGUGCAACUCAACAAAUGAUAAAAGAGGAGGAAAAUAGGUUACAGCUACGUAAGUCUAGUCCAGAUCAGCUAACUCCCAUGAAUGGAGCAGCAAAAAGAAAUUCAAUUUGUUUUGUCAAUUACCAACAAUCCCAGUUAACCGGAGUUGUGUGCCGUGGCCCCUCUGUCUCUAAUACUUCUCCCUGUGACCAUCUACAACAAAGGGAUGGAAAAAUGUUGAGUCCAAGAGACACUGAAUAUGAAAACAGUCCUACAACUCUCUCCAGGAUGAGCAGUCCAAAUUCUGAGAGAAUUUCAAAAGCUGGAGUAACCAUAACAAAAGACUACUUGCAUACAAAUGUGUCCCCGCAACAAACAGUGGAGCAUUCCACCUCCCCAAAUUACUACAAUGCUCACCGUCCGUAUUUUGAUAAACAUGCUUACACAUUUACUGGAUAUGCUCUUGAGCACCUUUAUGACACUGAAUCUAUUAGAAACUAUUCACUGGGUUGCAGUGGAUCCCAUUUUGAUGUGACUUCUCAUUUACGAAUGCAACAGGACCCUGCCCAAGUGCACAAGGGUACUUCGGUAAUAAUUACAAAUGGGAGUUGAUGUUUUAUAUGACGUGUCUUACACUUUGUACUCUUAACAGAGAAAACAAAAAAUUUUCAUGUCGUCAUUAAUACCAGCAUCCAAUGACUUACAGUGCACUGAAUGUAACAGCAGGGGAGACUAAGCUUGGAUUUUGUAUUUAUAAAAUUUAGUAUGACAUUUUGGCUGAAAUAAUUAAGCUUAGAGAACUUUUACUUUAUGUUAUCAUAUGUCUAUAGUAACCACCUGUGCAGUCUUGCAAAAACAAAAAAACAAACAAAACAGCAAUUUCAGUGUUACAGGCUACACCUUUUUACUAGUUACCCUUGCAUGUAAAUAAAGACAUUUUCCAAAAACAACAUAAAUAAACAAAAAGUAAAAGGAAAAAAAAAAUAAAACAAGAGAAAAAAAACCCCUAAAACUAUGCAUAUAGGACUUGAAGCAGUUGAAUGUUUAACUUUAUGUAUACACAGGCACAGAUGCACAUUUCUUUGUAUGUCUAUUAUUAAAAAAAGAGAAGUAGUUACUUUUCCGCACAAUAAUACAAUUGCUUAAUCUCUAUUACAUUUUCUGUCUUUUAAUGACUUGAAGAGUACUUUUCAGAUAUUCUAUGUAAACUAUGUUAGAUAACUGUAUUACUUGUUUCCACAUGCCUUUUAUCAUAUUAUAGUAACUGUGUCACUGCACUAGCGUUUGCACCCAAAAUCAAUAACUACAAAUCGUAUUAUAUAUAAACACAACAAACAAAUGUUGUUUUUUCAACUUAUUUUAACAUAUCCUUGAUUUUACCGAUUUUAAAGGGAUUGGCUGGUGCUAUUUAUUUUUUAUCCAAGGCUGAUUUAAAAAAAAAAAAAAAAAAAAAAAAAAAAAAAUUGUUGGCUGAUCCCUUGCCACUGACCAUUGGUAUUCCCCACCACUCAGUACUUUGUUGUCCUCUUCAACAUGCAGAAUGUCAGGACAUGCUGAAGGACUGGGGACUGUCAGGUUGUGAGUGGUGAGGAAUCCAGGCAGGUGAGUAUAAAUUGUUUUUCAGAAAGCCUGAAAAAAGCCUUUCAUCACCAGACAAAAUUAUAUAUAUUUUUUUGUCUCCUACAUAAUUUAUCACUUAGAGCUAAAUUUAUCACUGCAAGAAGUAAGAAUUCAACAAACGUGAUUGUUUUGCUUACAGAAAUUUUUCUAAACAGGCAUAUUCAGCCAAAUACAAAUAUCACACAGUUGGAGAUGUGGAACUUAUAUAUUGCAAUAAAAGUUUUAACACAAAUUAAAAAUAACCUGGUCAAAACAGAACUAUAUCUUUAAAAAGCUUCCUUAUUGGUAAAUAUACUUCAUACACAACAAUUACUACAUUUUAGAUUGGUAUACCAUGUACUGGAAUGAUAUUUGGCAUCUUGAGUAUUCUAAACAUUUGUUUUCUUCAAUUUCACUACAAUGGUACUUAUGGUUGGUUUCAAUUUGUAGGCUGAAUUUCUUCUUGCUCAGAAUACAUUUUGUAGUAAUUUAUAUAUCAUUUCACAUUUUACAAAAUACAAAUUCAUUGACCUGACAGUCAUACUUGUAAUAUCACAAGUCUGUGAAAAUAGCUUUAGUUUAAGGACUCUCUUUUUAACUAGGGGUGGAAGUAAAGUUCGCUACAUGAUCUGAACAUUUGCCGUAUCAGUUUCUAUUUCAACAUGUAAACAAAAAAUCUGGCAAAAUUUGCUAGGCUGUUAUUUGCAACUCUUAAUGUGAACAUAAUGUAAGUCAAUAUAUGGGGGUCCACCAGCUAUAUUUAUCAUCCCUUGUCACUGGAUACCCAAUAAUGAAUUUCCCAGCACUUGCAGUUAUUUUACAGACUAGCCAGCCUAACUAUUAUACCUUUUAUUCAAGGUUCACAUUUGUUUAGGUUCGUUUUUAUUAUUUUGUAUAUAUUCUUAAAGAUAAAAUGUGGAAGUAUCUGUUGAUGGAGCUACAAUAGUUAGAAAAAGCAGUGUUUUUGGACCAUGGUCGAAUAAAUGACUGAAUACCAAAAACCAAUGACAGUUUUUAAAUUGGAUCAAAAUUGGGUUUGCUGAUUACAAACAAAAAUUCCACUCUUCUCUGCACAUGUGCCCUACACUAUGCACAGGACUGCUGUAGCCAAUCAUUGUUAUUAGUGGUCACUUGUAAAAGAAAAUGCACAUGACCACUGAGGCCAAUGAUCGGCCAGCCACAUUGUCCCUUGCAAAGUAUACAAUGGUGUCACUAGGAAUCUUCCACUGGGGAUGUCUUAUCAGUGGUUAUCCUGUACGAGGAGCAACAGAGGCUGUAAAUAUAGAUUUCUUUUUAUUUCCCAAUAUUUCCCAGAAUUUUAUUUUUGUAAUUGGAAAACCCUUUUAUGGGAAAAAUAAAUUAAAUAUUAGCCUGAUAAAAAGUAGUUAUGAAUUAUGAAAAUUUUUAUUUUAUGUUGAAAUGUCAUUUGACAAAAAAAAAAAAAAAAAAAAAAUUUAAAAAACUGUGACAUGUCACUAAAGAUCAAGGUUUUGAUCAUUCUGGCUUAAACAUUCAGAUGACAACCAAUCAUUAGAACAAGCAGAGAGAAGUGCAGGGUUGUGUGCUUCACUUCCUGUCUCACUUUGAUCUCCAUCCAUUUUUACUAGACAGGAUCCGUGACUUAUAAUGGAGCCUGUCUAGUGCAACUGGUUUGAGAAUGCAUUGAGCAGGAAAGUAAAAUGCAUGGCGGUGUGUUUGUCCCUGCUGGUCCUAAUGAUUGUGGAGGUCUCAGCACUGGGACCCUGACCGAUCAAAACUUUUUCCAUGUUUCUGUGACAUGUCAAAUGUUUUUCCAAAUGACAGGGAUAGUUAUAUCAACUGUCAUAAACUAGACAUUGCCAGCGUAUAAGAGUGUAAAGAAAACAGUAAAGGACAGUUAAAGGGGUAUUCCAGGCAAAAACAUCUUAUCCGCUAUCCAAAGGAUAGGGGAUAAGAUGUCUGAUCGCGGGGGGCCUGACGCUGGGACCCCCCGCGAUCUCCCUGCAGCAGCCUCCAUUCUAUGCAUAGCUGCAUCUGCAGUUUUGGAAACCGCCGGGCUUCCGAGAUGGGGUCGGAUAGGGGAUAAGAUGUUUUUGCCCAGAAUACCUCUUUAACUUAGACCGGUGGAUUGUUUCCAACACACUAUAAACUUUUUUUUAAAUUACUCUAAAGUUACUUUAUUUACAAAAAAAUUGUAAUGAGUUAUGUAUUCAUUUUAUAUAAGAAGAAACACACUAAUGGUUUGUUUUAAGAGUAGCACUUGGUUCAUUGAAAAUGUAGGUGUUGAAGAAAACAAAUUGUUCCUUCCAGCAAUGUAGGAUAAAUGUGGAUAGGACACAUCACGCUUUAGGGUACGUUCACACGCGCGGAUUUACAGCAUAUUUUACGCUGCAGAUCCGCUGGUGAAGGCCCGCUCUAUGCUGGCUUUACAUGUGCCUGCUCGUAGUGGCAAUACGCCACUUCGAGCAGACACACUGCGAUGUGCGAGUCGCAGUAUACUCGCACAUCGCAGGAGCUCUCUUCCAAGCUCAGAGCAGGGAGAGUGGCCGCGAUGUGCGAGUGCGCCGCGCACAUCGCUGCACUGUGUCUGCUGGUAGCAGUGUAUUGCCGCUACCAGCAGGCACAUGUAAAGCCAGCAUAGAGCGGGGCCUUCACGAGCGGAUCCGCAGAUAAAUACUCUGCGAAAAUCAGCACGAGUGAACGUACCCAUAGUCAUGAAAAGAAUUAAUACAUUUUUUACAUCAGAUAUAUGAUUUUUGUCCAGCGGAAUGCAUUUUAGUAUUUUUGUCAGAUGUUUGGGCAUUGUAAAAAAAAAGAAAGCCAAUUGGACUAACAAUCACAUGUAACUGACAUUACAAACAAGUUAAAGUUUCCUAAGAUACAUUUCUUUAUGUAUUCAAUAUAUAUGUACUUUUUCAAUUAAUAUUUUUAGCACAUUUUAUGGUUUGCAUAUUUAUUCUGCUCUGUAAUUCAUAUAUGGAGAGCUUCCAGUGCUUGCCCAGGCUUAGUUAUUUACAUCAACCUCAACUUGCCUGGGUAUACAAUUACUACCUACAAUACUUAAAGCCUAGGGUAAUCUUAUAAUACUAAAAUAUAAAAAUGCCGGUAAUAUCUUGUCUGAUAAAACUAUCGAAGAGCAUCAUUUUAUUUUAUAACAGUAUUUUAUGAUGCACCUUCAAACAGAAAUGUGUUUUCUUGUAAGUUACAUUGUGUCAUUUCCAUUGUUGUUAACAUCAUAUCACAUAUGCAUAUUUGUUUUUGGAGAAAAAAACAUUUGAAUACAUUUUUUAUUACAGUUAAAAACUGUAUCACAUUUUCCCAGAAACAGUGACAAGAUUUAGCAGUUGACUGCACUUUAAAAUCAAAGGUGUGUUUAUGUUGUGAAUAGAAUGGUGUCUGACAUUAGAAGAUGAAGGCCAGUUAUAUUUGCUUUUAUGACUGGUGCCCUGAUAUAACGUUGAAAUAUUUAUGAGGUCAGAUGCUCAGCCUCAAAUGUCUGAUCUGACAUGCCUUGCAAUGUAUAUUUCUAGUGAUAUUGUAUAAUAUUAUCUGUAACUUGAAGUAUCCUUUUGAAAUUUCAUGUAGGAAACAUGACAAACUGUCAACAUAUCUUGCAAAGUGUUCCCAUUUAUAAUUAUUUAUAUUGUAAAUAGCUUUCUGAGGUCAAUUUCAAGUUAAUUGUGCAUAAAAUGUAUUUAUUAU